UUAAGCUAGCUUUAUUGUAAAUAAUAAUCAUGUUUGAAAUAUUCAAUUAUGGCCCCUAAAUGCAAGAUGAUAACUCCACGUAACUAUAACAUGUUGAUGAUUGAAAGCAGGGAAUCCAUGAGAAAUAGCAAGCAACUAGCUACAAGAUCAAGCCUUCCUUUGUACCCUCUUAAGAUGGAAAAUCUCAGAGUAAUGACCCUUUUUUUUCUUUUCUUUAGCGCCUUUCUUAUUCUUCAGGUGAAUGCAAAGGAUGAUGUUCAAAAUCAACCACAAGAAAAUCCAUCAUCUCUUUCAAAGAUACUCACUGAUACAAUUUCUCUGCUAAAAACAUCGCAAGAAACUUCAUGGGAGAAGAUCAAAACCGUCAUCCAUGACAUGCGAAAGCAGUUUUCCCCUUCGAGUUUGGAGGGUGUGGGUGAGACAGAAACUGAACUUGGCACUGGUGGUGUCAAAGGAACCAUUAACGAUGCAAUCACCAAGAAUUUGGAGAAGAGCAAAGAGACAGUUGUUGAAUCUGCCAAAUCUGCUGCAAAUGUUGCCAAAGAAGCUGUUCACAACACUGGAGAAAAAGACUCUGAUGCAGAACUUUGAUUAAAAUCUUGGAAUUAUUUCUGCAUUUUUUGAAUUUAAUCAAAAUUAUUAUAGUCUUCUGAAGGCUGAAGCACACUCCAUAAUUGUACACACAAAUUUAUUGUGAAAUUUUGUUUCCCCAACAAUUCAUCCUUUGCUCCCAAUACGUAUCAGUGUAUCACAAGAAUCAUCGGUUUUUUUCAAGAACAAGCAAAAUGCCAGAGAAUUCCGUUUUAUGGUAGGGAUUCCGUCAUGAUGAAGGAAAAUUAAUACAUAGAUAUAUAAAAUAUGAAUUUCAUGACCAGAACAAAAAUUAAUUAAACAAUUAUUCAUGAAAAGUAUACUAAAAUGGUAUAUAAGGGUAGCUCUUCUAUGAUCUAUGUACCACAAAGUAUAUACAUAUUACAAAAGUGCAUCACAACUCACAAGAAACAGUAACCAUUACCAAAUGCCGCUGGCUUCACCUACAACUUUUGGCACCAAUAAUUUAAAUUGAGACAUUCAUAAUGGCAUGAUAACUAAUGAGUGCUAGAACAUCCGGUAGCACAACUGAACAAGAAUUCUGUUAUGCGGUUUAAAAAUUCCAAGGCUGAGUGAAACCUGCUUCAAAAUUAGUAAUAAAUCUGGGAAGGUGUAGGAUCCAGCAUCCAAGUACAGGAGCUCAACUCAUGCAAUAUCUUGAAUACGGAAG